AUGCUGACACCCAUUGGUCAGCGCAAUGUGCUGCAAGCCGUGGACGUGGAGUCGCAGACUGUGGUGGCCAGUGCGCAUGAGUUCAGUGAGCAGUAUGAGCUCAUCUGCAUGGCCCCCUUGGGCCAGUCAGCGGACUGGGGCAACGAGCUUGUGGCGGGAGCAGUGCAGCGUUUUGGGACACACCACAGGAGCUUGUACCCUCACAUCUGCUGCGCGCGGGGGACCUACAUCUUCACCAGCCAUGUAGGCAAGCCGCUGUGCGUCUACGACCGACGGCAUGAUGUGGCUGUGGGAUUUGACGGCGACGUUGGGGUGGCAGUCACAGCCUGUUGGGGCCCAUGGGCAGGGCUCCUGGCUGCACCGCUCAACCAGACGGCACCCGUUUUGGAGACUGGCCUACGCAAUUAG